AUGUCCUCUGACCCCAUCAAUCUCAAGGUCUACCGAGAGGACAGCUCCGACGGCGACGGCGUCGGAUUGUCCGACCCGCGCUUGUCGUCUGGAAGACGCCAAAUGCUGGAUCUCGUCAAUGGUCUACACAGCACAGGGGUCCAAGUGGACAUAGACCUUCCUAUGACCGCGGUCAUAGGAUCCCAGAGCGCUGGGAAAUCGUCGCUGAUAGAGUCCAUCUCUGGCAUUACGUUGCCUCGGGCGAGUGGCACCUGUACAAGAUGUCCUACGGAAUGUCGCCUGUCGAGCUCAACUGAUCCAUGGUCGUGUACCGUCUCGCUUCGCUUCAUGACGGAUGCCCUUGGGCAGACCAUUCCCGUUCGCAAUGUCGCUUUCGGUGAAAUGAUUUACGAGAAGUCACAGGUGGAAGAGAGAAUCCGACGUGCGCAGCUGGCCAUCCUCAACCCAAGUACCAGCCCUCUUCACUAUCUGAACACCGAUGACGGUGAAGAGGAUGAUAGGGAAGUGACUUUCUCGACUAACUGCGUGUGUCUACACAUCAGUGGCCCUGGAGUUGCGGAUCUGUCAUUUGUUGACCUUCCAGGUCUUAUUGCGAGUGUUGGAAUCGGAGGGAACCCUGGGGAUAUCGAACUAGUCAAGAAUCUUGUAACACAGUAUAUCCAGCGCGACAGCUGCAUAAUCUUGCUGACAAUCGCAUGCGAGACCGACUUUGAGAACCAAGGUGCCCAUCACCUGGCGCAAAAAUAUGAUCCCGAAGGGAAAAGGACCAUUGGUGUCCUGACAAAACCUGACCGGAUUCAAGUCGGUGACGAAGAUCGAUGGAUUAAGCUUCUCAAGAACGAGUUCCCUACUCUCACGCUCGCGAAUGGUUGGUUCAGCGUGAAACAGCCCGACUCGCGUGCGUUGGCAUCCGGAAUCACUUGGUCGGAAGCACGCUGUCAAGAGCAUGAGUUCUUCGCAAAUACUGCUCCCUGGUCCGGCCUUCCUAUUCAGUUCCAAAACCACCUGGAAACCACGAAUCUGACAGAACGAUGCAGCGACAUCCUGUCUGAACUGAUCGCAAAAUGGCUUCCUGUUAUCCAGGAUGAACUACAGAAGAUGUUGAAGGCGACAGAUGACAGACUGCUCGGUCUGCCCCGAGCACCCUCCCUUGCCGACGCCGUCAACGAGGUAUACAAUCUGGUCAGCAAAUUCACUGAUGGCCUAUCUGCAUAUCUUGAGGGCACACCCGAGGGGGAUGGGCUGCUUCAGUCACUGCGACCAAGUCAUGACAAGUUCAGGAAGGUGAUUCGUUCAACGGCUCCAGAUUUCAGGCCAUAUGAGCGAAAUGUCGAUGUGGCCGACGAUUUCGUGGCACCGAACAUACUCAUCGAUGAGGAACCUCAUUUUAAGCCCGAGGAUGACCGCAACGCGAUAUUCGUUGAUGAGGUGAUGACGCGCGCGCAGGAAGCUAUCACACGAGAGCUCCCCGGAUACUACCCUUUUGUUGUCGUCAAGCAAUAUAUUGCCGAUAUCAUAUCUCUGUGGGAGAUACCCAGCCGUAAUCUCCACGACGACGUCGAAACCAUCCUCAUGCACAAAGUGAAGGAGUUCAUCCGCCGUGAAUUUUCUCAGUACCCCCAGCUCCAGCUGCACGUCACGUGUGUCAUGACUGAGCACAUCUCGACUUGCUCGAAGUCCACAGUGGAUCGCCUUGACUGGCUCUUGGAGCUGGAGAAGCAGCCGAGAACGUCGAACGACCACUACUACCGUUCUUACUUUGAGAAGUUCGCCGCAUACUACAAAGCGUGCCGUCUGCGGUCAGGAGACCAGUCGCUCGUCGAGAAGCUGAAGGCAUACGAUUCUAGGUCUCCAGAUGAGUCGUCGUUUGGGACGGCCGUCACGGAGAUCUUGGCCGGCUUCAGCAAGCUGGGGAUCUCUCGGGUCACCCCUGCCGACUUGCUCAAGGUCCUUCCCUCGGAUCCGUACGAGGCCGCGAUCGGCAUCAUGGCAAGCGUGCGCGCAUAUUUCCAAGUUGCGUACAAGCGUUUCGCAGACAACGUCCCCAAUGCUGUCGACCACGAGCUCAUUCUGGGCCUCGAUCGCGACAAGGCGCUCGAGAAGGUCUUGAGGAAGGAGCUCGGGAUCAGUGGACCCGAUGGGCACCGACAAUGCUUGGAGUAUCUGCAGGAGCCGUUGAAUGUCUCGCGGACUCGGGGAGAGCUCACGCACAAGAGAGACAGGCUGCUCAAAGCAAAGAGGGAACUGAUGAGGCUUCGCCUCUGA